AUGGUGCUUCCAGCAAACCACAGCCCUCCAGCCCUACCCCGAGGAAAACCUUGCCUCAGGAAGCACCCGCAAAGACUUCCUGAGCUUGUUGCUGACCAAGUGGAUGACGAGACAAAAAGUCAUGCUGCCCAGCCAACAUUAAUUCUGACACUCUUUACUAGUAUGCUGGUGACUUGGCUUGAGGCUGCUAACCUCGCUGUGGGCUUCCAGGUUCCCUGGAACAUCUCCCAUCCAUUCAGUAUGCAAAGGCUGGGUGCAGGCCUCCAGAUUGCCAUGGACAAGAUCAACUCAGAGACAGUGGACCUCGGAAGCUUCAGCUGGGAAUUCACUUAUACCAACUCAACUUGCAGCAUCAAGGAGUCUCUUGCUAUUCUCACCAAUCAGGUCCAGAGACAACAGAUUUCUGCCCUGUUUGGACCAGCAUGUCCAGAAGCAGCAGAGAUUAUUGGCUUGCUGGCCUCAGAGUGGAAUAUCCCUGUGUUUGACUUCACUGGACAAAUGGCAAAACUGGAGGACAACUUCUUAUAUGACACCCAUGUGACCCUUGUGCCACCCAGGCACAAAAUUGGUGAUGUGCUCCAGAGAAGUCUCCAGUACCUGGGCUGGAAACACAUUGGGGUGUUUGGAGGUCACUCUGGGCCUUCCUCCUGGGAUGGAGUGGAUGAAUUGUGGAAGGUUGUAGAGAAUGGACUCAAAACCCAUUUCACUAUCACUGCCAGUGUGAAAUACACCAACAAUGACCCAGCGUUCCUUCAAGAGAAUCUUAGAAGCAUGUCAUUGGCUGCCAGAAUUAUCAUCCUAAUCUGCAGCUCAGAGGAUGCGAAAAUUAUUCUGCUGGCUGCAGAGAACCUGGGACGCAGCACAGGAGAAUUUGUCUUCAUUAUUGUGCUGUGGUUGGAGGACAGCUUUUGGAAGGAGGUAUUGACAAAUCGGAAGGUGACACACUUCCCCACGGUCUACGAGUCAGUGUUUCUCAUAGCCCUGGACUCCUAUGGAGAAGGCCCCGGACAUGCAGGCUUCUGGAAGCAAGUCUACCAAAGGCUGAGGGGGCCGCCCUUCUCCAGCACCAUCUCCACAGAGGAGCAGGUCUGGUGUGGGGCCUUCCUGCACAGACCCCUAAUUUUUUAUAGAGACACCAUUGAGGUUCUGCUGCUGGUGGGCUGGCAUUUCGAGCCCCAUGCACCUCUCCCCUCCUCAUCAUGGGCAUCUUCUCUCUUCCCAGGAAUCACCGGUCCCGUGUUUGUAGACUCCCAGGGAGAGAGGCAUAUGAAUUACUCAGUUCAUGCCCUAUGGAAAUCCAGAAACAGGACCCUCUUUCUUCCUUUUCUUCAACAUGACAGCUAUCAGAAAGUAAUCAGACCCAUGGGGAAUUUCUCCAGGAUUCGUUGGCCCCAUGGCUCCCUUUCUGAAGACAGACCCAGCUGUGAAUUUUACAACGAGCUCUGUGAACCCGCACCUGCUUCUACAGGUCAGGGAGGGUGCUCGGAGAAGGCGGCAGGAUGCUUAGCAGUGCCCUGGGCCCCCACCCACUACAAGCCAGCAGCAUCCUCUAGUUGCAGCCACCCACCCCCGAAAUCUCCAACAUCGCCUGCCUCCCCUGCAGAGAACCUCAACUCCAGGGAAACCUGGCUCCUGGGAUGUGUGACUGCUGUGAUCCUCACAAUGACCCUCCUGAUUACUGUCCUGGGAGCUGUGAUCAUAGGUCUGAUUUUAAGGAUGCAGAGUGGAAAAUUGCAAAAGCAAAAUAAAGACAUUUGGUGGCAAAUCAAUUAUGAUGACAUCACCGUUCUGCCCCAGAACAAGCCAUCUCAGAGAGGCACACCUGUGUCGAGAGGGGACAAGAGUCAUUCUUCUGGUAUGAUGGUUUCUGGGGACGCCAGUUCCUUUGUCAAGAGCCAGCAGGGGGAAGAGCUCUUUUAUGCCCCAGUAGGGCUUUACCAGGGAAACCAUGUGGCCAUCUGCUAUGUUGGUGACCAAGCUAAAGCCUGGGUCAGGAAACCAUCUGUGCUGCAGGAAAUCCGGCUGGUAAGGCGCCUGCCCUUGGAAGAGAGAAAGCACGAAAACAUUGUCCCUUUCUUUGGUAUUUGCACAGAACCACCCAACAUCUGCAUUGUCACCCAGUAUUGCAAGAAAGGGAGUCUUAAGAAUGUUUCGAGAAACUCAGAUAAGGAGAUGGAUUGGAUGUUCAAACUCUCCUUUGCUUAUGACAUACUCCAUGGCAUGCUGUUCCUCUGCGGGAGCCCCCUGGGGUCCCAUGGCAAACUGAAGCCUUCCAGCUGCUCGGUGGACAGCCGGGUGCAGGUGAAGCUGACGGGCUUUGGGCUGUGGGAGCUCAAGUAUGGCCGGACCUACAGAACGUACAGCGGGGGACCGACAGACCACUCGGAGUUCUACUGGACAGCCCCCGAGCUGUUGCGGCCAGAGGCGCCCUAGUCGGGCACCCCAAAGGGAGAUGUUUACAGCUUUGCCAUCCUGAUGACGGAGCUGAUCCACAACCAGGACCACAGGCCUUUUGAGGACCUCCACGAGGCGCCAGAUGAAAUCCUCAGCCGAAUCGAAGACCCCAUGGCAUCAGUUCCAUUUCAAUCUUCCCUGUCAGAGGAGAAGGGCAAUGAGGAGAUUGUGGUCAUGGUGAAGGCCUGUUGGGAUGAAUCUCCAGAGAAAAGGCCCACUUUCUCGUCCAUCAAAAAAAUUUUACGAGAAGCCAGUUCCAAAGGCCACAUGAACAUCUUAGACAGUAUGGUGAGCAAGCUGGAGGUGUAUGCCAAUCACCUGGAGGACGUGGUGGAAGAGAGGACCAACCAGCUGAUGGCAGAGAAGAGGAAGGUGGAUAGGCUUCUGUCCACAAUGCUGCCAAGCUUCAUUGGAGAACAGCUCAUAGCUGGAAGGUCUGUGGAACCGGAACAUUUUGAGUCCGUGACAAUCUUUUUCUCUGACAUUGUUGGAUUCACAAAACUGUGUUCUCUCAGCUCCGCCUUACAAGUUGUGAAGCUCCUUAAUGACCUGUACAGUUUAUUUGAUCACAUCAUUAAGACAUAUCAUGUGUCUAAGGUGGAAGCCACUGGAGAUGCAUACAUGGUGGCUAGUGGACUUCCCAUCCGCAAUGGAAUCCAGCGCGUGGACGAGAUUGCCCCAAUGUCCUUGUACGUCCUCAGUGCCACUGUCUACUUCCAGAAGGGGCACAUGCCUGAGGAGAAGCUCAGGCUCAGGAUUGGCAUCCACACAGGUCCUGUGGUGGCUGGUGUGGUUGGAAUCACCAUGCCCAGGUACUGUCUGUUGGGAGACACUGAACAUACUGUGUUUCAUCAACAGCCUUCAGGUUCUGUUCUAAUGAUCGUUAAGUCAAGGAGACAAAAACAGAUAGAUACAUGCUUGACUGUUAAAGACUAA